CAGGAUUUCAUUUUGACUGUAUCAUAUAAUUUGCUCAUGUUUUAGCGGAACACAUAAUUACUUACCUAUUUGUGCGAUACCGUCUUAAUUGGGAUGCGGUCAGUUAUAGCAUGUAUUCGACGUACAGUCACAUAUUACAUGCAUUGGCUGCUGUCCUGUCAAUAAGUAUAUUGAGCAAGCGAUGGGGCCUAGAUGACUCCGUACUCUGUCUCAUUUCAUUCACAAGCAAACUCGUCGGUUUUGUUUACAUCAAUUUCGUCCAAACUGAUUUUCAAAUGUAUUUGGUUCCCAUCGUACAAUUUUUGAAUGCAACGACAUAUACUUCCUUGCGUUCAAUGUCAUCAAAACUAGUACCAAGUGAAGAAUUGGGCAAAAUGAAUUCCCUAUUCAGUCUAGUGGAGACCCUCGCUGCGCUCGUGUUCGACCCGGUGUACGCAACCAUAUACGCCCAGACCAUGAAGCAAUUCACAAGCGCGGUGUAUGUCUUUAGUGGUGGGAUGGCAAUGCCCGCCAUCAUCAUUUUAAUGUAUGUUUCUGUCAAUAUUAUUAUCUUCCCCUUUAUAUGUACUUCAGUGCCUUAAACGCUUCACACAUCUUACUUAAGUCAGUUCAGUUCAGUAAUUCUGGUGUUGUUGUUGUCCUAAAGCACCCCAGAGGUGCAAAGAGCCUUCACAAGCUCGCGCCACGCCUUCCUAUCUUCAGCUCGUCUUUUGGCCUCGCUCCAGCUCAACCCGACCGGUCGUAGCUCACUUAGGCUGAACCGUUGCCAAGUGUACAGAGCCCCAAGAGCCACGGCUUCCGUCCGGCGGUUUCCGUUAUUCGUUGCCCCUCUUCGAAUAGUAUGUUCUAUCCAUCUCCAAUUCCGUGUCGCGAUUUCUUCGUCAAUCGGCCUUUGCCGGCUUAUACUCCAUGAAAUGAAGACCAUUCCAAUGGUUUUUGGCCAGAAAACGCGAAGACAUCCUAAUUAGGAUCCUAAAAUUAUUGUUCCUGGUUAGUGCAGUCAGACUUUUAACUAAACGCGGUUACACCUUUACGAUUUAGGCUUCUGAAUUAAGAUGUGAGAAGCGCUUAACUGCAGCCAAAACACAAGUUUUCAAAUCAAAAGUUUUUGUGUGUUACGCUGUUUACAGCACGCUAGUAUUUUACCGUGUGGUAUAGCUAAUACAUAUGUAGUAUGUACUGUACAUGAAACUCACUUUCUUCAAUUGUCCAAGGGUGGGUUUGGAUGAACUACAAUGACCGGGCUGAUAAACCUAAUUCUCUAUUUUACAGAUGGUUUAUUAUCAGGAACCGGCAGGAGUUAAAACUUCGAGCUGUAGAACUAGAAAACUUGCCAAAGGAAUCCAGUUUACUUACCUAGCUAAGUGGAUAUGUGUAAUAAUUUUAGAUAUAUAGUCUACAACCACGAGAUGCAUGCUAUAUGUAUGCCGUGUGUUUAUAGUACAGUAAUGUAACAUGUAAUGAAAUUUUGCACUAAAACGUACGUUGUUUUUAAAGAGAAUGCAAUGAAUCAUGUAAUCAUAAUUCAGAGACCUGAUGGUCUGGUCUGGCGCAAAAAAACUUUAUCUACAUACAUAUCAUAAACCCUCUAUGAUGCCUUCAAAAUCCGUAAAUAAUGGCCAACAUUACGAUAAACUGUUUCGUUACAACAAACUUCUUAUCUGUGAUAAUAUAGUUAGUUACAUACAAAGAGCAUAUAAUCACUACGUUUUAGUUACAUAUAUAGUACGGAAGGUGGAGCCAAACCACCAAAAAGUGUCAUCAAAAAACCAUAAAUAGGUGGCGCUACAAUACCUAGAAUACUUGAACAAAAAAAUCAAAUCAUAGACAGCGCACUUCACUCCGUCAAUAGCGCCUAGGUUCUUAGCUACUCUAGCGCUACUCUGGAGAGAUUUGGAACUAUUAUUUAUAGCUGACAGCUGGACACUUUUGCAACAGUUCUACCAUAA